GUGAACUAGCGGCAGUACGGAGCGAUGCGUUGAAGUUGAAAAAAGACAGUAACAAGUAAAUUAGCAUCAUUUUAAACUUAACAAAGUAGUUGCAUUUGUUGGAAACCACAGGAAGUGACCACGAGUAUGGCUAUUUGAGAGGCCAGUAAAAGACCGUGUGGACCAUACAUCAACAAGCAUGGAGUUCCCGCAACAGCAGAAACCGGCGGGGGACGGAAAGAUCGUCUAUCCCCCCGGUGUAAAAGAGAUCACGGACAAAAUCAGCAAUGAUGAGGUGGUCAAACGGUUAAAGAUGGUGGUGAAGACGUACAUGGACAUGGAUCAAGACUCUGAAGAGGAGAAGCAGCAGUAUCUUGGCCUAGCCCUCCACCUUGCCUCAGAGUUCUUCCUCAGGAACCCUAAUAAGGAUGUACGCCUACUGGUGGCUUGCUGUCUGGCUGACAUCUUCAGGAUUUAUGCCCCAGAGGCUCCCUACACCUCCCAUGACAAACUCAAGGACAUCUUCCUCUUUAUCACCAGGCAACUAAAAGGACUGGAAGACACCAAGAGCCCUCAAUUUAACAGAUACUUCUACCUGUUGGAGAACCUGGCGUGGGUGAAGUCGUACAACAUUUGCUUUGAGCUGGAGGAUUGCAAUGAAAUCUUCAUCCAGCUUUUCAAAACACUAUUCUCUGUCAUUAAUAACAGCCAUAACCAGAAGGUGCAGCUUCACAUGAUGGACCUGAUGAGUUCUAUCAUCAUGGAGGGAGAUGGAGUCACACAGGAGUUGCUGGACACCAUCCUUAUUAACCUCAUUCCUGCACACAAGAAUCUGAACAAGCAAGCCUAUGAUCUUGCCAAGACUUUGUUAAAGAGGACUGUUCAGACCAUAGAGACAUGCAUCGCAAAUUUCUUCAAUCAGGUUUUAGUGAUGGGAAAGUCAUCAGUCAGCGACCUAUCAGAGCACGUCUUUGACCUCAUCCAGGAACUGUUUGCCAUUGACCCUAUGCUGCUUACCUCUGUCAUGCCUCAACUGGAGUUUAAACUUAAGAGCAAUGAUGGCGAGGAGCGCCUUGCUGUUGUACGGUUGCUGGCUAAGUUGUUUGGGGCCAAAGACUCAGAGCUGGCCUCACAGAACAGGCCACUAUGGCAGUGCUUCUUAGGCCGAUUCAAUGACAUCCAUGUCCCAGUGAGGCUUGAGUGUGUGAAGUUUGCCAGCCACUGCCUCAUGAACCACCCAGAUCUGGCCAGAGACUUAACAGAAUAUUUGAAGGUGCGUUCCCAUGACCCUGAAGAAGCCAUCCGUCAUGAUGUCAUUGUCACCAUCAUCAAUGCAGGGAAGAAAGACCUUAACUUGGUCAAUGACCAGCUGCUUGGCUUUGUACGGGAAAGGACCCUAGACAAGAGGUGGCGUGUGCGUAAGGAAGCCAUGAUGGGCCUGGCUCAACUUUAUAAAAAAUACUGCCUGCACCAUGAGGCUGGGAAAGAAUCAGCUCUGAAGAUCAGCUGGAUCAAAGACAAGCUGCUGCAUAUCUACUAUCAGAACAGCAUUGAUGACAAGUUAUUAGUGGAGAAGAUCUUUGCUCAGUACAUGGUCCCUCACAGCCUCGACACUGAGGAGAAGAUGAAGUGUCUGUAUUAUCUGUAUGCCUGCCUGGACACAAACGCUGUCAAGGCCCUGAAUGAAAUGUGGAAGUGUCAGAACAUGCUGAGAGGCCUCGUCAAAGAGCUGCUGGACCUCCACAAGCUGCCAGUGUCUGAAGCCAAUAACACAGCCAUGUUUGGGAAGCUGAUGAGUAUAGCCAAGAACCUGCCCGAUGCAGGAAAAGCUCAGGACUUCAUGAAGAAAUUCAACCAGGUCCUUGGCGAGGAUGAAAAGCUCCGAGCACAGCUGGAGAUGCUCAUCAGCCCGACCUGUUCCUGCAAACAAGCUGAAGUCUGUGUGAGGGAGAUCACAAGAAAGUUGACAUUCCCCAAACAACCCACCAACCCCUUCCUGGAGAUGGUCAAGUUCCUGCUGGAGCGCAUCGCUCCUGUCCACAUAGACUCAGAAGCCAUCAGUGCUCUGGUGAAGCUGUUGAACAAGUCAAUUGAGGGAACAGCUGAUGAUGAUGAGGAGGGUGUUACCCCUGAUACAGCCAUUCGCUCAGGCCUGGAACUUCUAAAGGUCCUGUCGUUCACUCAUCCCACAGCGUUCCACUCUGCAGAGACCUAUGAGUCUUUGCUCCAGUGUUUGAAGAUGGAGGAUGACAAAGUGGCUGAGGCUGCCAUCCAGAUAUUCAGGAACACGGGACAGAAAAUUGAAACAGAACUACAACAGAUAAGAUCGACUCUGAUUCCAAUCCUGCAUCAAAAAGCAAAGCGGGGAACUCCGCACCAGGCCAAACAGGCUGUCCACUGCAUCCAUGCCAUCUUCAACAACAAAGAGGUGCAGCUGGCACAGAUUUUUGAGCCUCUGUCACGGAGUCUAAAUGCAGAUGUUCCAGAGCAGCUCAUCACUCCCCUCGUGUCCCUUGGCCACAUUUCAAUGCUGGCCCCAGAUCAGUUUGCUUCACCAAUGAAGUCCAUUGUUGCAAACUUCAUUGUCAAGGACCUCCUCAUGAAUGACAGAUCAGUGGGAAACAAAAAUGGGAAGCUGUGGUCCACUGAUGAGGAAGUUUCACCUGAGGUUUUAGCAAAGGUGCAGGCCAUCAAGCUGUUGGUACGCUGGUUAUUGGGAAUGAAGAACAACCAAUCGAAGUCGGCAAACUCCACCUUGCGCCUGCUUUCAGCCAUGUUAGUCAGUGAGGGAGAUCUUACAGAGCAGAAGAAGAUCAGUAAAUCGGACAUGUCUCGUCUGAGGCUGGCUGCGGGCGGAGCUAUUAUGAAGCUGGCCCAAGAACCCUGUUACCACGACAUCAUCACGCCUGAACAGUUCCAGCUCUGCGGCCUCGUUAUCAAUGAUGAGUGCUACCAGGUUCGUCAGAUUUUUGCCCAGAAGUUGCACCUGGCUCUUGUCAAACUGCUGCUGCCCCUGGAGUACCUGGCCGUCUUUGCCCUCUGUGCCAAAGACCCAGUCAAAGAGCGCCGCGCCCAUGCCCGACAGUGCCUCCUCAAAAACAUCUCCGUCCGUAGAGAGUACAUCAAACAAAAUCCACUCGCUCAGGAAAAACUCGUGUCCCUCCUUCCUGAGUAUGUCGUUCCCUAUAUGAUCCACCUCCUGGCCCAUGACCCAGACUUCACAAAACCACAGGAAUACGAACAGCUCAAAGACAUCAAAGAGUGUCUGUGGUUCAUGCUUGAAGUGCUGAUGACCAAGAAUGAGAACAACAGUCAUGCCUUUCUAAGGAAAAUGGUAGAGAACAUCAAACAGACAAAGGAUGCACAGUGUCCUGAUGACACAAAAGCUAAUGAGAAGCUGUACAUCGUCUGUGACGUUGCUCUCUUCGUCAUCGCCAACAAGAGCACUGCAUGUCAUCUGGACUGUCCAAAAGACCCCGUUCUACCUUCCAAGUUCUUCCUGGUUCAGGACAAGGACUUCAAAAAUGAUAAAGAGUAUCUGUUGACAGACAUGAGACAGAUGUUGCUUACUGGAAAGCCUAAACCAGCUCCAGUGUUGGGAGCUGUGAACAAGCCUCUGACAGUACCAGGAAGGAGGAUCUUCACCAAGACCACCACAGCCUCAGACACAACCAGCAACACCAGCACCAACUCCUCCCCGCUGAGUUCAACAACCAUCAACAAGAACAGUAACAGCAACGCCACCAUCCAGCCGUCAGAGAGCAGAGCACAGGAAAACAAUGAGAACCCGGUCAUAAAGAAUGAGGAGGUGAAGAAGGCACAGGCAAGUCAGAAUGCGACUCCCGAUGCUGCAACAGAAGCGUCACCUGUCAAACGACGUGGGCGUCCCCCUAAAACAGCUGCUGCUGCUCCUGUGGCAGCUGAAAAAGAGGGAGCGGCAGCUGCAGGCGGCGGGACCGGACGAGGCAGGAAAAGGGCAGCUGAUCCAAACUCGAAUCCAGAGUCGAUAAACAUCAAGGUGUCAAAACAGCAGCAGCAGAAUGAUGAAGGGACAAAGAGACAGAUCGACCUGCAGAGGUAAGGAGGAAAUCGGCGCUGGUGAAACCAAGACUGUAGAGAAGGGGCCAGACUCCUCCCUUGUACCUUCCCAACCCAUACGUACAUGCUCCUGACUCAAAAGCUUUUCCUGGACACAUUAUGGACCUUUCUUAAACACAUGUAUACGCACACACAGACACACACCUUCACACCACUGACAUCCUAGAGGGUUUUAAACACCUUGUAGUCAUGAUUUAAAGCUCAUUGUAUGUAGGUCUUACUCAAAACAUGUUUUUUUUUCCUUCGUGUUUGUUGCUCUUUGCUUCUUUUGUGGAGCCAUUUUUAAGAAAAAAAAAAAACAGGAUGGACAUUUUACAAACGUUUUAAUCUGGUUAUGAUUGUUGCUUAUUAAAUUCCCUGGGAAAAUCCUACUGUAUGUCUCCUGACCUCUUCCUCCUUGUGUCUCUGUUGCACAAUACUUUUAUUUUAAGAUCACUUCUGUUUAACACAAUUGCAAAUACUCAUGUGCAACUUUCCAGUUUAACAUUUUUUGGAUAUCAGUGAUGAUUAAAUUGCAACAAGUGACUAAAACAUGGGAACAAAGCAUAAGAUUUGUGCGUUUAACAAAUGUACUGUCUGGCACCAAAAUUUUAUAAACUUUGGUAAGCUUAGGUUUCUAACUUUGGUAUUUUUAGGUGCUUUAGCUUGGUUAUAGUAUAUCAAGACCACAUAGAAACUCUUGGUGGCUCCUUUACUGCCGCCUGUAAUGCUUUUAAAGGCCUUUGAUUCAUUUCCAGUUUGCUAAUGGAAAGAUACUGUUGAACACAUGGAUACUGUUUCCAGACUGUUCACCUCAUCAUCCCCUAGACUGGUCAGGGGCUCUGAAAUCCAGCUGGGUUUUAAAUACUUUUUUUUUACUUAUGAAGUAUAGCAGUACUUCACUUUGGAAUGCAUAAAUGAUAUAUUACUAUACAAUUAUGUGUUCAGUUGUCAUCUUUUGCAGUUAUUUUUUGUACACUUGUCUCUUUUUUUGUCACAUACCGCCUGCUUUGAAGCAUCGUGUGAGUGGAAACUUUGCAGAUUGUGUUUAUGAAUACUUAUUUUUGAUGUAGUUAAAAAUGCCUAUUCUCAUGAUCAUAUUUAAUUUCUUUUUCCAGAAAAUAAAUGCUUUUAGAUGUCA